AGUCAUGUCCUUAUUAUGAAGUAUCCUCGAUUGUGAACCUAUUUAUGAUACUUUGUUCUAGAAAUAUUGUCACUCAUAUUCUUAACAACUUAAGAAUAAUAUUUCUAACAAAAUAUCAAUGGACCUUUUCUAUUACACAUAAAUAUAUUAUGUAAACGGAAAAGUGGAAAUGCCUUUUAUUAAUAAAAUUAUGUACAAGAUACAUACUAAAUGAUAUGCUCUAGGGCAUACUACUAACAGCUUCUACCUCUGAGAAUCAUCAAGCGUAUGAGCUGAAGAAAUAUAACUUUGAACAACUAGCAGCGGCUACUGGUCAUUUCUCCAACAACUUUCUACUUGGCGAGGGUUCUUUUGGUCAAGUCUACGAGGGAGAGCUAGAUGGUAAAGUCGUAGCUAUCAAAAAACUUAAAAGAACACUACAGGAACAGCAUGAAAAGCCCCAAAAAAAAUUUGGAGGAGAUUGAGCUCCUUAGAAAUGUAAGUCUUCCACAUAUUGUUAAGCUGGAAGGGUACUGCAAUGAACAAGCUAAUAAAUUGCUUGUUUUAGAAUAUGUUCGCAAUAAGUCCUUGAAUUUUCAUUUGCAUGGAAAGGAGCUUUUGGCGUGGGACAACAGAAUGAAAAUUGCAAUCGGCUCUGCUAAAGGGAUUCAAUAUCUACAUGAAGGCUGUGAUCCUGAAAUUAUACACCAAGAUAUCAAGCCUGCGAAUAUACUCGUUGACAAUGAAUUCCAGCCAAAGAUUUCUCCCUAGCCAUAUUUUUGCCGAUUUCCGAUGAUAUUACUCACAUCAGUAGUAGUAUGAUGAAGGGAACUAACGUUUAUGCAGAUCCAGAGCAUUCUCCUUUUCAAAAAGUUUAUGAGAAGUCAGAUAUUUAUUCUUUUGGUAUUGUACUUUUGGAACUAAUUAUCAGGAAAAAAGUCUUCUGCGACAAAUUUUAACAUUAUUGAAUAGGUAAGAACCCGAAUUGAGUCAGCUUUGAGAAAGGGAAAAUAUGAAGAUUUUGUUGAUUCCAAAUUAACAAGUUAUCCAGCAGAAGAGAUGAAAUGUCUGAUUUAUUGUGCUAUAGCUUCUAUAUUUAAACCUUCAAAGUUUCGUCCAAAAAUGAAAAAGAUCAUUGAAGUUCUUCAAGGGAUUGGGAAGAUAAUAAAUUCUUACACAAUAACCCUAAGGCUAACGGAUCUCAUCAUGAAGACCAUCUCCAGCAUAUGGUGCAGAAGCCUCUUGUCACUUCGGAAGCUAAUGAUGGCAUUAAGCCGAGGGAAUACACCUACCAAGAACGUACAGCGUCAGCUAAUGGUUCCUCCAUCAACAUUCGAGAAACUCCAUCUAAUGGCAUUGAGAAUUUGCAAGAUUAUCAACCGAGGGAAAUUACUUAUAAAGAACUAAUUACAGCCACUGAUGGUUUCUCCCUCGACAAUUUUCUUGGUGAGCGUCGUUCUGGUCAAGUGUACAAGGGAUGCCUAAGUGGUGAAGCGGUAACAGUUAAGAGAUUUAAAUAUAAGCGUGGAGAGCAAGAAGAUGAAUUCGAGAAGAUUAAGGCCAUUAGUAGUAGUGUCCAUCAUGAAAAUCUUGUUAACCUGAUUGGAUACUGCAAUGAAGGAGCAAAUAGACUGCUUGUUUAUGAGUUUGUUCCCGAGGACAAAACCUAUGGUUCUUAUUUUCGAGGAGAUGAAUUUGUUCCAUGGCAUAUCUCACUCAGAAUCAUGAAUCGCAGGGCGACAAUAGUGGAUUAUCUGUGGGAACGCUAUGAACCCUGGGAUUUGUAUGACGUCUUCAAUAGAGAUCGAAUUUAUAUUGAUGAUAAUAUGAAAGUGAAGUUUGCAGAGUAUGGACGUGCCAAUUUUCUCUCAAAUUCUGCUCCUCGUGUCUCUACUGGUUAUAUGCCUCCUGAAUAUUUCCGUAGUAGGAGAUUCACUGCGAAGACCUAUGCUUAUUCUUUUGGUGUAUUCGUUUUGGAGGAAAUUACAGGGAAACAACAUGAUGAUAACAGUUUCAAUGGCAACUCUAACAUAGUUCAAUGGGCGGUACCUCAGCUCCGAAAAGGUUUGUCCAGCGGCAACUAUGAUUUUAUUGAUAAAAGAUUGCAGGGCUAUAACAACAAUGAAAUGAAGCAAGUGAUAGCUUGUGCUUUAGCUUGUUUAAAUGAUAAUCCAGAUGAUUGACCACAAAUGAAUGAGAUAGUUGAAACUUUAGAAGGAAAUAUUCAAGUUGUAGAAAGAUAUAUUUCUCUAGAAGAUCUAUGGAAAAGGGAACAAAAGCUAAGCCGUCGACAGUAAAUCAUCAUAUUCUACAGGAAGCCGACAACUGUUAAGGUCAUUUCAGCCUCGCCCAAGCGUGCGAUUUGGCAGGAUAAGCCUUGCCUUAAGCAAGUUGAGCCAAGCCUAAGGAC